AUGACAAUAAAAUACCAGUUUUAGGUCGAAAAUUGAAAAAAGCUAUAAAAUUUUUAAAAAUUUAAAAGUGAAAAAAAAAUAAAUUUUUGUUACCUAAAAUUUCAUUUUUCUUCUACUAUUAGGCUGAAAAGUGCAUGAACCUUUUAAAAUUUGAUUUUUUUUGAUUUUGUUAUUUAAAAUUUAAUUUUUUGUUUAAUAUUGGGCUUAAAAAUUCAUUUAAGGCCUAAAAAUCAUCUUUUUUGUCAAAGAACUUAAAAACAUUAAGUUUUGUUACUUAAAAUUUGGUUUUUUGCCCAAUAUUAGGCUUAAAAAUACAAUGAAGGCUUAAAAAAUCAGUUUAAAUUUUUAAAAUUUUAGAGCGAUAUACCUAUUCAACCAGCUGAUAUACAGUUAUCCGUUCAGUCCGAGGUCUUCUGAGGUUCAUGCUCGGCUGGGAAUUGCUAAUAAGUACAUUGGUGAUUAUCAACAGGCUUUUAGGGUGAGUUGUUACCUAGAAUUAUAUUUUUCUGAUUAAAAAUGUUACCUAAAUUUUCAGUUCGGCUUUUUUCGGUAUGAAAAUGGCCCUCAAAGUACCAUUUCAACGUUUUUUCUAGAAAUAUUACCUAAAAUACAUUUUUCCAAUCAUAUAUUGUAUUUAUACCUAUGUCCUCCCUCUUGCAGCAUCUCCGCACAGCAGCCAACGACUGUACCGACGUUACCUUAUGCCCAAGAUACGUUCUUCGCUUUCACAUCGCCCAUUGCUUCGAUCUUUUUGGUGAAUUGGUCCGUGCCAAACAAGAAUACAAGCGAAUCCUCGAUGAGUAUGGCAAAAACGAGGAGAAAUCCCUGCCCGCCGACAUUCAAUCCGCCUUGCUACGUCAGUCCGGCUGGGUAACAUACCGCCAAUCGUUGUCAUGCGCCACUGAAGACAAGGAGAAACUGGUGAAUGAGGCUGAGAUGUUCUUGACCAAUGCGGUCGAAGUGGCAAAGGCGGCUGGCCUGAGGCAUUUGGCAGGACAAGCACAAUCCUAUUUGGGCAGGGUAUUGUCGGAUCAACCGGCGAAGGAAGAGAGGGCUUUCAAUAACCUCAGGGCUUUUAUCGAUUGUGGAGAAGGUGAUGCGAACACUUGGUUUGGAAUUGGAAAGCUGUAUAGUAAAAAGGGACAGUCGGUCGAUGCAUUGCAGGUAAGAAAACAUCAUUUUUUGAAGUUUUUUUACUUUAGGAUUAAAAUAAAAAAAUUUUUAAAACUUUUUUUUGUUUUUAAAAAUUUUCAUCAGUAAAUUUUGCAAUUUCUGUGGUCGAAAUGUCAAAUCUUUGGUAUUUUGGACCGUUCUGUCCGACCGCGCUUUGAUAGCGCAGUGGCAGCGCGUCAGUCUCAUAAUCUGAAGGCCAUGAGUUCGAACCUCACCUUGGGCACCACGAUUUUUUGAUUAAUUUAUUGACUUUUUGAAAAACUAGGUUUUUUAUGGGAUGGAAAGAGUUUUAAAAAUCUUUAAAAUGUAAUUUUUGUUUUGUUUUUCUUAAUUUAAAGCGAAUUUUAAACGAUUUUAUUUUUUUGUGAAUUUUGAAGGUUUUUUGAGACGUUUGCACAAUUUUUGCUAAAUUUUAGGCUUUUGCAUGCUCAGUAGCUCUAGACCCAACACAUACAAAUUCGUGGGUAUCAGUGGGGCAGCUUUAUGAAUACCAUAAAUUGUUCAAAUAUGCCUUGGAUUGCUAUAAAGAAGCUGUCAAACAGUCCAAUCGUAAGUUUUUCUCAAUUUUUUAAAGGUUUUGAAGAUUUUUAAGUAGCAAAAGUAGGCUCGGCAUACAGAUAAAAGAAUGGUUAUGUAGUUUAAAAUCAAAAAAUUGAUUUAAAAAUUCUAAAAAAUGCUUUUAAAAAUUCUUAAAACAUGCAGAAACAGAUCAAAAAGGCCUAUUUAUAGCCCAAGACGCUUAUGUUAAUGUGUUUUUUGAUAAAGAAUCGAUACGGAAAUGCUUUUUAUUUUAAGGUUACUGGUUAAGAUGGUCGAGAUGAUAAAGACAACAUUUGGCAACAAGUUAUGUUAAUAUAAGAUGGGUUUUUGUGAAGGAAAGGCAGAACAUUGUUGUAAAAAGCUCAAUUUUGGCCAAAUUUUAGGGAAAUUUGGUUAAAAAUAGUGGAUUUUUGAGGUUUUUAGGUAUGAAAUUUUGGUUUUUUGGGGUUUGUUAGCCCUGAAAUUUAAUUUUUUAUAGAUUUUGAUAUAAAAAUUUGAACUAAAGUUGUUUCUAAAAGUUAUAUGGGGCAUUAUAUUGUGAUUGACAACAUAAAAUUUUGCAAAGUUUGAUAAGCUUUUUUUUAUAAAUAAUGAAUCAAACCCCAUGCCAAACACGAGUUUUCCUCUCUCAAAUUUUAAUAUUGAACAAACAACGAAAAGAGCGACGUUUAUCAAGUCUGGUUACUCGAAAAUGCACAAAAACUAUCAAUUUUUAAAGCCAACUGCGUCAUCCAACUCCCUCUCCUACAUUGUCAAGCAUUCUUGAUAAUUUUCACUUUUGUCAUGGAAGUUUAACUGUAAUGAUGAGAAUAUUGAAGUGGGGGUGUUUUUAAAAUUAUGCUUUUGAUAGAGGGUUCAAAAGGUGCUCAAUUUUUUUGCAAAAAUUUUUUAUUUGGCUAUAUCUUUUUACAUGGAUCAACUAAAAAUCUGAAAAUUUGUGAGAAUGUAGACACAGUAUCUUGUUAACUAAGGCAAAAAUAACAAUUUUUGAAUUUUGCGCUUUCUCUAAAGUUACAGUACUUUUACCAUAAUCCUACCUUGAAAAAAAAUUAAAAAAAAAUUUUUUUUUGAAAAUUUGAAGAAAUAGGUUCGAAACCUUAACAUUAGUGUGUAUUUACCUAUUUUUUAAUUUUCAACUUGAUAUCUUGUUUUACCACAAAGUUAUGACCUUUUGAAAAUGUUGAAAAUCAAAAAAAGUUCGAUUCCGCUUGGAGAGAUGGCUUUUUUUCUUUGUUUUUCUCGCAUAUUUUAGCGAUUUUAUAGUAGUAAACAUCAAGUAACGUCACGGUUUUAUUAUUUACUAUUAAAAAACAUCAAAACACGUCACAACCUACUUUUUACUGUUUAUUUUGAUAACAAUUUGAACUUUAUUGGACUCUUUUUCCACUAUAAACACUUUUUUACGCUAACCAUUCUUAUUAGUUGAUCAGAAAUCGAACAUGCUGUAAAAUCAUAUGAAAGUUUAAACUUUGGAAUGAUUUUAAAGUUUGCUAUUCGAGCUGAAAUUACAAAAAUCAAGCCUAAAUUACAAAAAUCAGGCCUUUUAAAUACUGAAAUAUGUCUUAAAAAGACGUAGGUAGCUAGGAUUUUAAAAAGAAUGCCCUUAUAAGACGUCAUUUCAACUCAAACUUUCAAAAACUUCAAAUUUCAAAGUUUUACAAUAACAAUGAUUUGACGAAGAAAGGCAACAUCUGCUCUUUAAAUUGCCCACCGGUUAGCCAAAAGGUCGGUACGAAGUCACGUUUUGCGAAUCCGAAAUGACUUUUCCUAUCACAAAAAUUGAAAGAAAGGAAUCCAAGUCAUUUGGUUCCUACAAAAACGAGCCACAAUUUGUUUUUGUUAUUCCGGAAGGCGCUUCUUUAAAUAGACGACCACUUUAACUGUCGCUUAAUGUUGUUCUGUUUAUUUUUGUUUCUAAGGCGCGGACGGGCUGAUAUUGAGGAAGGUUGGCAGUUUUUUUAGUCUAUUUGGCAGUGUUUUUGGGUAGAGUAUUGGCUCUGUUUGGGCACUUUUCUUAAGGAGGAGAGGGGGGGGAGAGAAUCAAAAUUUUAUAAAAGGAAAGAUACAGGGUAACUGGAAAGUGGGGAGGGGGGGGGGGGGGCUAAUCCGUGCCGAAGCAACUUUGAAAAGAGCCGGGCUAGAAUAUGUAGGCCCCAGAGCCCAAAGCAAGACACGGCUGGUGGGCAAGGCCAAAAAAUUGGGCUCGGCUCCUUAUAGGUCUAUAAGGAAGAGAAGGCGUGGGCUAGACCUGUAAAGGGGCCGGACCUAAUUUUUGAACCUUACCCACAAGCCGGGUUUUUCUUUGGGCUCUGGCUGUCGGGCUGACAUUGACAUGUCUUGGCCCGGCUCUUCUCUAGUUUUCUUCACAUCGGCCCGGGCCCAAAAAAAAUAGCCAAAACCCGUUUCAUUUCCAAAAAAAAUCUUUCUUCUUACUUUCUUUCUUUCAUUACAACAAAGGUUAAACUACUAACCCGUUAACUUUCUACGUAAAGAUUAAAAGUACAAAAAUGUUGACGUUAAAAAACGGUUUCUUCAAACUUUUAAUUGAUAAAAACUCUUCAAAAAAGGGCAAACAUGACAAAUGAUUUUCUUCUUUUUGGAACCUUGAAACAAGCUUAAUACCUAGUCUGGUUAAGGAAAGGGUUUGCAAACCAAAAUCGUUAAAGAAAAUGAUUUUUUAGUCUGUAAUUGAUCUUGGUUUUUUAUUCUUCUGGUAUUGCUUGUGGCUUUUUUUUAAUCUUUGCUGGUUUUCUUGGCUUUGUAGUUUCUUGGCUUUGUUAGUGUUCUUACUUUAUGUUAUAGUAGGCUUGUUCUCUUUACUUUUCUUUUUUUCCUUCGUGUUCGUCUUCACCUUUUUUGGCUAUUUAGGGCUAUCUCCUUUGUUUCUUCUUGGUUUGCUAGUUUUUUUGAUUGUAUAUUAUAGUUCCUUGUUCCCACUAUUUAUUGUUUCUUCUUUUCAACAACAUUUCGUUCUCUCUUCUUGGUUAAGUUUUGUUUCUUCUUGCUUUCUUUAUGUUUUUGGAUAUUAAUCUAGGCUUUCUUUCUUCAGUUCCUCUUGUACUUUCAUGAAAAAGCAAGGGAGGCUUAAUGAAUUUAUAGCAUGAUCGUAUUGAUAUCUUCAGCAGGUAUCCAAGGGUUGGAGCCUCUAGUUGAUGGAUAAUGUAGAUAAGGGAAGCCGGCAAACUAUAUUCCUAAUUUUGGGAAAUGAGUCGGCUCUAGAAAUUAGGUUAAUCGGGGUGUUACGUGAUGUUUGUGAGCUGCGUUGUUGACUGGAUAGUUCAUUUCAGCCAGCUAUUUAGGCUAGUAACGUGGCCUGCAGUAGGAUCGUUUCAACUUCAAUUGCGUUCGUUUACGUUGUCUUCGGCUAGCGCUUAACAAUUUGUAUCUAGAACUGGUACACUUCUUCAAAGCAUAAUGAUUUAAAAAAGUGUAAACCUUCCAAAAAACACUUGACCUCAAAAUGUUCGGAACGUUCGCAAAACGUUCGGAACACCGAGAAUACCCCGAAAAAACGUUAGGGGGAGAAGUUGUGGAAGAAUCGGAAAAAAAGAGCGUGUGGGUGCUGGUCGGUGGAGGUCGAGGGGCGAAAGGCUCAGGGUCCAUCUUUCUUUUUCUCGUCUCUGCUCUACAAACCCGCAUUUUCGGGCGCAAAAAAGACGUUUUUUGUGACAUUUUUGGCGAGGCCAAGGAUUAAGGGCGAGAGUGGUUGUAGCUGGGAGGGUCAAGAAUGUUUUAGGGGGGUGGUAGAAAAUUUUUUGAUUUUAAAAACUAAAAGAAUGAACUUGAUCCCUCUGAUUUUUUUACUUUGUAAAGAAAGUUCUUGCCAUUUUUUGCUUUGUAGCGAAAGUUCAUGCCAUUUUUUGUUUUGUAAAGAAAGUUCUUGCAAUUGUUUGCUUUGUAAAGAAAGUUAUUGCCAUUUUUUGUUUUGUAAAGAAAGUUCUUGCCAUUUCUUGCAUUGUAAACAAACUUCUUGCCAUUUCUUGCUUUGUAAGGAAAGUUAUUGCCUUUUUUCACUCUCUCAACAAUUAAAAAAUUAAUUUAAGCCCCAUAAAAAGCAGUCCAAACCAGAUAAAACGGAGCAAUAGCUAAUAGUUGUUUACAAUUUGCGUCAUGAUCCGGUACAAACGGCGUGUAAACAGAAUGUUUACCAUGAAUCAUGGCUUUGCGUGUGCAUGAUAAUGAUCUUUACUUCAGUUUGGGGCAGUUUAAAUUUGACAUUGUUUGGUUUUAUGUGGCUUGGGGCUAGAAUUUUUAGAAAUUUUGAUUUUAUUAUAAGUUUGAUGACAAAAAUAGCAGUUUUUCUAGUUUUCUACUACAUUAUGAGCCUUUAAACCUUAAAAUUUGUCAUUUUGAACAAAAUUUUUGUUUUUCAAUUUGAAAUUUUUUUGUGUUUUACAAUUUGUUAUGGCUUAGCUUGGCAUAUUUUUUACAUUUUGCUACAAUUUCGGUUUCAAAUUUGUGUUAUUUGUUUUUUACUCAAAAAUUGUGGUUUUUUCUACAACUUUUACUUCUAAAACGCUAACUUAAUGGCUGUUAUAUCGUCUUUAGGCAUAAAUUUUGAUUUUCGUUUUGAAAAAAAAAUUUUAGGCUUAAAAUGAAAGCGGAAAGCAAAAAAAAAAAUUGUUUUUAGUAUUUUAGAGUUUAAGGGUCUGUUACAUGUGGCUACUGUUUGAAUUUUUUUCUUAUUUCUACUUACCUAUUCUCCCUAAUUGUGGAAAAGAGUCUUCUACUUACAUGUACCAUCCCUAUCUGUGGAAUUUUUCUCAUCAUGAAUUACCCUACCCUACUUUGCACUAUCUUGCUUUGCCCUACCCUGCUUUACUCUAUCUUACCCUAUCCUACCCUACUUUACACUGUCUUGCUUUCCCCUACUCUAUCCUAUUUUACACUAUUCUGUCCUAACCUACCCUUACCCAUACUCUUACCGAACUACUCUACCCUACCCUACCCUAACCCCAACUUUUACCGAACCCCACCCUAGCGAUGUCCCUGCAGUAAAGUUAUGAAGCCCAGUUAAAAGUCACGUAUUGGUCAUUUUUAGCACGAAAAACCCGCGUUUUUCUCGACCUUCUGACUCAUGAAGAAAGGGCCGAAAAUCCCAUAAAACGAGUAAAAUUCGCUGUUUUUAUGGUCAAAAAAUGGAGGAAAAAUGGGCUUUUACCUUGUUUAAGUGAAGAAGAGGACUCUCGUGUUGGGCAACGGCUAAAUUUGAGGCUUUUUAAAAAUGGAUUUUUUAAUUUUGAAAAUUAAAAAAAAAUUUUAAAUUUUGAAUUUUUGAAACGGAAAAAGUCGAAAUUAAAAUUUUUUAAAAAUUUAUUGUUGAAAAUGAUAAAAUUACGUACUAUAAUCUAAAAAACGACAAUAUUUUAAAAAAAAUCAAGUAAAAUGUAGUUUAACGUCUACGCUGCUUGUGAUAAGUUAUUAUGUUAUUAGUGGAUACUCUAAACCUUUGUUUGUUUGGUCAACAAAGCUUCCGGAAAUCAACGGUUAAAAGGCUGAUAAUGAAAAGGGUGGGAUGGUUUUAAAAGUUCGAGUAUAUAAAUGAAAAAAAAAUUUUUUUUGAAUGUUUUUUUUUGCUUUGUAAAGAAAGUUCUUGCCAUUUUUGGCUUGUCAAGAAAGUUCUUGCCAUUAUUUGUAUUGUAAUGAAAGUUCUUGCAAUUUUUUGUUUUGUAAAGAAACUUCUUUAUAUUUUUUGAUUUGUAAAGAAAGUUCCUGCCAUUUUUUGCCUUGUAAAGAAAGUUCUUGCCUUGUUUAAUAUAUGUAAUACGAAAAAUCGUGUUAAAAUACAAAAACCAUAUCAAAUCCUAUCACCCCAAUUUUUCUCAAUUUUUGCAAUUUCCAGGCCCAACGGAGUGGCUGAAUCAGCGGAUUCGCAUCCUGGAACGCGAGCUGUUGGUCGCCGAACAAUUGGCGAGCACUGAAAACGCGAAAAAAGAGCAAAAAGAGCAACAACAACAAGGAGCGGCCGGAAAGAGGAAGGACAACAGCCAGCCGGCUCAACAACAACAAGAGUAGGUGGAAAGAAAGUUAUUGCCAUUUUAAGUUUUGUAAAGGAAGUUCUUGCCAUUUUUGUUUUGUAAAGAAAGUUCUUGCCAUUUUUUGUUUUGUAAAGAAAGUUCUUGUCAUUGUAAGUUUUGUAAAGAAAGUUCUUGCCCUUUCUAUACUAUGAAAUUGGAUUUUUUGUAAAUUUCAGACUUUGUGGACCUGAUAACUGGCACACCUUAACCCUAGUGACACAAAUCAAAGGACAACUAGAGCAAUCUCUAAAGGUCAGUUUUGAAAUUCAAAAAAAAAUUUUUUUUGACGUAUUUUAGAAAAAAAAAACUUUUUUUUGAUUUUCACUUUGGCCAUUAUGUUAUAUUAUAGUAGGUGCUUGUUGUUAUUUACUCCAAUUUUUUUUCAUGCGAAUGUUGUAAAUAGUGCACAAUGGCCAUAAAUAUAUAUAUAUAUAUAUAACUGGGUACGGAGUAAACAAUUCGUUUACUGCAGUAAUUGACUUGGUUUCAUUCUGUUGGGCUUAGAUGUAUGAUACUGUUUUUUACCCUCCUACUCUAUUAUACUCAAAAUUAGUCUACCCUGCUCUACUUUGCUCUAUCCUAGUUAUUCCUGCUUUUAUUUCUGCUCUUGCCUCUACUAACUCCUACUCUGCCUUAAUUUACCCUACUUUACGCUAUCCUACCCUACCUUACCUUGUCCUACUCUACUUUCCUCUUACCUCUGCCUUACUUGCACCCUUGACUUUACCCUUACCUCAGUUAUGCAUGUAUAUAUCUAUCUAUCAUACCAUAACUCAAGGUAUAUCUGAUAUAUCUACCUAUUAUAUGCUGACAUAAGAAACCCGCCAUACUCUGCUUGUAAUUCCCUGUAAAAAAUGGCGGGGUCUUUAUGUCGGCACCUAAUACUAUACUAUAACAUAAUACACGUGCAUAUACCCACCACGUGCCAAUUCCAGUAUUGUUUGGCCUUGCGAAACGAUUAAAAUUGGUCAGUUUAGUCAUUGUAUUGUAAGAACCACAGGAUUAACCGGGUUUAAUUCCAUACGUCCAAGAUUGACUUUAGGGAUUCAAUGACAUGUAUGUUGGCGUAUAUGGCUUUCAAAUAGGGAUUCUCGGGAGGAUAGGGCAGGCGGAAUUGUAGUUUAGGGCUAUAGAAUUGUGAAAAAUUUUAAAAUGAGAAAUUUUGAAGCUUGGAAUUCUUGAAAUUUUCAAUUUUUCAGUUGUUUUGGGUUGUAAAGAAAGUUCUUGUUAUUUUUUGUUUUUUAAAGAAAGUUUUUGCGAUUUUUUUGUUUUGUAAAGAAAGUUUUUGCCAUUUUUUGCUUUGUAAAUAAAGUUUUUGUCAUUUUUUUCUUUGUAAAGAAAGUUCCUGCCAUUUUGUGUUUUGUAAAGAAAAUUCUUGCCAUAUCUUGUUGUGUAAAGAAAUUUUUUUCUUAUUUUGCCAUUCCUAAUUGCGCAAACAAAUUUUGUGCCAUUUUUCGUGAUUUUCGGCAAAAAAUCGAGACAAAUCAGAUUGGAAGCGCCAAGAACGGCGACCAUUUUGGCGGGAACGUUGUUAUUAUUCAUUCUCUUUCUCUGUUUUUUACUGUUUUUCGGGGUUCGCUUUUCUCGACGAAGUGUCAGUAGUGAUCGUGAGGAGAUGGAAAUUAGGUUCUUGGUCUUUUACUGGGUUUGGCAGGGCAGGGUAUUGUCACUUUUGAUGGCGGGGUAGGGUGGGGUAUUGUAGGGAAGGUAAGGUGAAGUGUGUUAGAGUAGGAUUGGGUAGAGGUUAGCAAAGUAAGGUAGGAUAAGCUGAGGUGGAGUGCGGCAGAGUGAGGUAAGGUACAGUAGCGUAGUGUACAAUAGGGUAGGGUACAGUAAGGUAGGGUAGGGUAGGCUGAAGCCACAAAAGGACGUAAAAAAACUUGAUAUAACAUAAUGAACGACACACGUAUGUACUUGACUAUAAAAGGUAAAGUAAGAUAGAUUACGAUAGAGUACUGUAGGAAUGAGUAACGUACAGUAGGGGUGGUGUAAGUAAUCCGGUGUGGAGUCUUAAAUAGAGUAGGCUGGGGUAGAGCAGGAUAAGGAACAGUAAUUUAGGUUAAGGUACGUAAGUUAUGGUAGGUCAGGUACGGUUAGGGGAACGUAGAAUAAAGUAGGGUAGAGUAAGCCAUUUUAGGGGUUAGUUAUCUUACUGCUCGACCUCUUAUAUGCUUUGAAAAAAGCUCAACUAUAGGCUUAACUUCCUUUACAUUAACCGCUCCCCCCUCUCCAGCUCCCUCUUCCCUCUCCCCCCCCCCUUCCCAACCUUCCUCCCUAACCGGAAGUUCCUCUAAGUAUUAUUGUACCGAAGCUUUCCCAAAUUGUUGCUUUACGCUCCCAACUCUUAAACCCAAAUAAUUACUACAAUAUCAGCGUCAAAUGGCAUUCUCCGCGAAAACUACGAACCGUAUAAGUGUUAUUUGCCAACUUGUGAUUACUACAACAUGCUGUUAUUGUAAAUAACAAUAAUAAUGUUGUACCGAGAAGCGAGUGGGAGGAAAGAGAAAAAAGUUUUGCUAAUCGGCUUACAAAUUAAUCGACCGGUCUAAUUGAUGCUAAUUAAUCCCUCAUUCGGUUUAUUACUAUUAUAUUUUGCAUGUGCAAUGUAUGAAUAGGCAUAUAGUAAGGGGAAGUGAUAGUAUUCGAAUGAAGACUGACAGAAGUAUAUUGAAAUUGUAGUUGGUUAUCAGUAUACGCUAUGUCUCAAUGUAGGGUAGGGUAGUUUUUUUUCUUGACACAGUGUCAGUAGGGAUUGUGAGGAGAUGAAAGUUUGGUUUUUGGUGUUUUACUGUUCUUGGAAUGGCAGAGUUUUUGGCGACAAUGUAGGGUAGGAUAGAGUAGGGUAAGGUACUGUAGUACACUACAGUACAGUAGGGUAUGGUAGGGAAAGGUAAGGUAAGGGUAAAGGAGUAGACACGAGGAAGGGGGCGAGCCAACUUUUCAGGCCCGGCUCGAUAUAAACUUGCGUCAGGCUCGGCCCGAUGGUAGGCCCGAACUUUCUGAAGCUUUUUACCAUGCUCUUAUAGUUACACUACCUUAAGAUGACAUAUAUCGGUUGUUCAAAAAGUAUUGAGCCACUGAACUCUAUGGCUUUUAAAAGUACAUGCACUUUCACUUAUAUUGUGUAUUUUUCCAUACAAUAUAGUAUUAUUUAGUAUAAUAUGUAGGGUUUCUUGGGAUAAUACGCAGCUUAAGGUAUGACAUAUAGAGCAUUAGAUUCUACAAUCUUUUGAGCUGAUGGUUCACUUUUUAUUGUAUGCAUCAUAUUUUUGUGGGUCAGAAACAUCAUUUUUUAGGCUUAAACAUCGUUUUCAACUACAAUUAUAGGCUUUUUAUUUGAUUUCUUAGGCUUAAAUUCAAUUUUUUUAGCCAUAAUGCCAUUUUUAAGCUCACGUUUCUCUAAAACCCACAGUUAACCUUUUAGUCCAUUGUUCAAUCCACUUGUUAUUGUUGUUUACCUUCCCCUUUAUUACACGCUUCCAUCUGAACUACAAGUUCAUAAACGCGAAAGCCAUGUUAAUAAGAUAACAUGGUUUUCGUGCUUAUGAACUUGUAGUCAUACAUUACGCAUUCAUGAGAAAAAACACAGCUCAUUGUACUUUAAAGCACACGUUGUCGACCUUCUGAAAUUAAAAAGCUCAAUGUUCUUAAUGUUCUCACAGGAACGUGGCUACUGGUUUUUCCUAGGGGUGUGGAGGGACGGGGGGGGGCGACGUGUAGAAGCCAAAACUUGUUAAGCAUGGUACAAUUACUGGGAUCGACAGGGAAGAGUAUUUGCUAAUACAGUAGGGUACUGAAGGAAACAGUACGGUAACUAGGACUGGUAAGUUAGCGUAUUCGUUGGUACAACUGGAUAGGGUACUUUAGAGCAGGGUACGAUUUUUUGUUAGAGACUUCACCAAUCCAGUAGCCUUAAUCUGCCUAGUAGUUUAACCAACUGCAAAAAUGCUGACGUACUGGCUCCUGUCUUACAGUACCAUACCCAACUGUAACAGUAAAUACACUUCCCUACCAGUCUCAUUAACCGUACCCUGUCUUACAGUACUCUACCCAAAAAGCCCUGAAAGAAUCUCCAUUAGAUCCGGCCUAGCCCCUACGGAUCUACCCCAAAGGAAUUACCAAACCUGUCCUUUGAAAGUGUAAAAAAGCACUCCGCUUUUUGAACUUGCACUUGGUUUCGACAGUUUUUUUCUAAAUUUAUGGUUUGUAGCCAAAGGCGAGACACGUUUUGCGUGGGGUUUUUUCGGCUGGAAAAAUUGAAUCUACGCAAAUUGCACAGGGCAUAUUUUAGUCACGGUUUUCUAGAUUAGGUUAAUUUUUGGUCAAUGUUUUUUUAAAAAAGCAAAAAAUGGCAGGAACUUUCUUUACAAAGCAUAAAAUGGCAAGAACUUUUUUUACAAAGCAUAAAAUGGCAAGAAAUUUCUUUACAAACUCAGUAAGCCUCUAUGGUAGACCUGAAAGAGGGCGUACUAGGCCUUGCCGGCAUGGACCGGGCCGAAGCAAAUUUGAAAGAGGUUGACAAAUUUGUGCUCGGUCUAACCUUUUACGCGUCUACCCUAGGGCAAUUUUUUCACUUUUCAAUUUUUUUAAAUUUAUUUUUGAGGUAAAUUUUUAAAAAAUCCAACCAAUUAGUUCAAAAACGUGCCAACCUUCCUCCAAGCAAUGUCCCUGCUAGAGAGCACAAAUUACAACAUAGUGUUGAAUUAGAGCCAAGUUUUUGACGUUUUAAAAUGUUUUGCAACCACUAAUUCGCGUAAAAGUAUGUGUCGAUUAAUAAUGGGGCAGGUGCCGGGUUUAAUUCCCAUGUAAGCCGAACGUCAUCCGCGUUUCUGUUAAUAUAUAAUGUCUGUGCAGGUGAGUACGUGAAGAAGGCGGGCUCUGCGGCUUAUAAAAAAUGAGAGCCGCCGCAGGGUUUUUGGUCUUAUUCUGAUUAGAGUUUGAGCUCCUGGCUUUGCGGCUUAUAAAAGGUCUGUCAAUGGCUAAUACCCCUUUAUGUCUGGUUGAAAGGUUUAAAUGUUAUCUAAGGGUUUUGGAAUUUAAAAAAAUUUACAGGGGUUUUUUGGGGUCUUGAGGGGUUUUCUUAAUUUUUUCGUUUUUAAAUUUUUUUUUGGAUUUAAAAUUACUUACUGUACUCUAACUACAUUAUAUUAUACAACAAAGUAGUCCUCUAUGUCUAGAUAUAUAGGUACUAAGAAUAAAAACCCGGUUUUAUUACUCAAAGUCUUCAAAUUUAUAUUAUCCAUGCCACCAAUCCCCCACGACCCAAAACUGGUCAAACCUCCAGUCCCAAGCCUUAUAUACGAACAUAUUACACCCCUAGUAUCAUAAUAAACCUAAUUAUGUCGGAUUAGACCGAUAUUCUCUUAAUUUUGCGUCGAAAUUGUCAAGAAAACCCCGGUAAUGUAUCAUGUUAUAGUACAUAUCCCAAAAUUUUAAGCUGAUUAGUACGUAAUACCUUACAACUGAACAUUUAUUAUCCUGUAAUGACUUUGACAAUAAUAUUUGUAUCUUAUCACAAUGUUUGAUGCUACUUAUAGGGUUUAAGACUGUAAACCAGUUUAAAAAUUUCAAAAUUUAUCGGAUUUUCCAGGGAUUUGAGGGUUUUAAGUCAAAUUAAUGGGGGUAUUUCGAUAGUUUACGUGUUCAUAAGAUACGAAGAAUAUGAUAGAAGAGUUCAAAAAGCAUAUUUUUAAAUACGAAUUUCAAGAAUAUCUGGCAAUUUUAAUAGAAAUGAAGGUGGAAUACAUUAGUAUUGUCGUAAAAAUGCCAUGAAUAAAAUAAUUUGAAACAAAGUCAGUUUCACAAUAAGAUAAACAUGUUUUAGUGCAUUUUUGAUGUAUGUAGUUCCCAUUUCUUCAAGAUUACAAUGUUUUUGUAGUUUGUUGUAUAACCAUUUACAUAGGUUAUUGUAUAACCAUUUACUCUUUAGGUAGGCUAAUGUUCAUACAAUAAACUACAAAAACACUAUAAACUUGAAGAAGUAGUAACUAAAUACAUCAAAAAUGUAGUAAAACAUGUUUUUAUGUUAUUGUGAAACUUUACUUUGUUUCAAUUUAUAUUAUCUAUAGCAUUUCUACAACAAUACUAAUGUAUUCCACCUUUAUUUCUAGUAAAAUUACCAAAUUUUUUUGAAAUUCGUAUUUCAAAAUAUGCUUUUUGAACCCGUCUUUUAUAUUCUUCGUGUCUGGUAAACCUACACUAUCGAAAUACUGCAAUUAAUUUGACAUAAAGCCCGAAAAUCCCUUGAAAAUACGAUAAAUUAUGAAAUUUUAAAACUGUUUUGCAGUUGUAAACCCUAUAAGUAGCAUCAAACAUUGUAAUAAGGUGUAAAUAUUAUUGUCAAAGUCAUGGCAGGAUAAUAAAUGUUCAGUUGUAAUGAAAUUUUGUAAGGUUUUACGCACUAAUCAGCUUGAAAUGUUGAGAGAUAUACUAUAAUAUAAUACAUUAAAGGCUUUUCAUAACAAUUUCGACGCAAAAUUGAGAAAAUACUGGCCUAAUCAGACAUAAUUAUGUUUAUUGUGACACUAUGGUUGUAAUAUAUUCGUAUAUAAAUGAUGGAACUCGAGAUUUGGCCAGUUUUGGUUCGUGGUGGGAUUGGCGUCAUGGGUAAUAUAAAUUAGUGAUUUUGCUAGCAAUAUCCCAAGUUGAUGUGAAAAUGAAUGUUUAAAAUGAAUAUUCUUAUCUUGUAGUACUACUUACAACAAUCGCUUAUUAAAACGCCAUUUUUUAUACCUAAAAACCAGUUUUUCCCUCGAACAACCCAUCUGAUAUCAAGUAUAAUAUCAAAAAUAGAUGAUUCCUGAAAUAUUAUCAAAGUUAUGUUACAGAAACUCGAACACCAGUAUAGUCAAGGCGCUUUACUGUGGCAAAUGACCGACGUUACCGCCCAAUUGUACCAAAUGGAGCCCUUUAACGGCUUCAACCUGGACCCGACUCUGCGUCAGAUCCGCGACAUUCUCAAAGUCAACGAACUCAGCCUGACGGUGAAGGAGAAAGAGCUUCUGAAGCAUCUGGAAGAGCGUCUACCAUCGUUCUGCGACUCCAAAGACUGUAGCACGUCGGAGGAUUCGAAAAAGGUGAAGAAGGAAGUUGGCUUCCCUGUUUUGUCAAACGUAAGUUAGAAAAGGUCGAUGUUAAAGUUGAAAAAGGGGUGAAUGACGAAUUAUAUAAGACUGAAAACAUAGUAAGAUGAUAGAAUAACAUUGUGCGAGAGUGUGAAAGUAAUGUGAUAAUGUUAAAGUAUUGAAACCCCUGAUAAGCUGCCAAAUUUUCGCUUUUUUGUCGUUACACCCAAGGUAUUGAUGCGUCCCGCCGCGAAAACAAUUCGCCUUGCAAUAGAAUGCCAAAGUUUAUCAAAAUUUCGGCCAAACGGAAAAAGUUUAAAAAAUAAAAAGCGCAACAAUAUCUACCUCAACAUGGACGUCGACGAACUCUUCGACUGUCCAGGACCUUCAACUCAAGCGGAAUAUCCAGAUACACAACAGUACUAUCAAAAUGAAGGUGCACAACAGUACUACCUGGACCCAAAUGCUCAACAAUACUACCAAAACGACAAUGAUCCACAGUAUUACGAGUAUGAAAAUACGCAGCAGUACUAUCAGUAUCAAGGAGAAGAGUACUAUCAGGAUGGCUAUGUUCAACAGUACUAUGAGAAUGAGAUGGAAAACACACUGUACGUUGAACAAGAAGACUAUCAGGAGCUUCGGAAUUGGUUUGAUUUUCCGAAUGUUGAAGAAGAAGUGCUAAUGGUAACGGUUUUGUGGUGAAAUGAAGGAAAAGCACUCAUGGAUAAUAUAUUUUUGGGUUGAGACGGUUUUUUUUGGCGAUUUUGUUUUGAGUUUUAGGUAUUGCUUGGAGUUGUCGGGCUCUAAAGAUGCGCAAAACAAUAGAGAAUGUUGAGUAGUACAACUUGGUUUGUUAACUUGGCGGUAAAAGUGAGGAAUUUGAAUAUUUGUGUGAUUUUUGGAAAAAAUUGGAAUUUUCGCUGAAUUUAUGCAAAUUUAGGUAAUAUUUAUAUUUAGGUAUAAUUUUUUGACAGAAACAAAGCAUGAAAAAUUAGUUGUGACAUUAUUUGCAAUAUAUCAGUAAAAUAUUAGGCUGUUUUUUAUCAAUGGCAGGUUUCAUUUUUUAAUUUUCAGACAUUAUUUUAGGUUCAAUCUGAUAUAAAGCUGUAAAAGUUGAUGUUUUAGUGUGAGAAUAAGCUAGAAACAAGCCUAAUUAGUUAGUAAAACAUAGUAUUUUACCUAAUGUUACUUUUUGUGUGACAAUUAGUCAGUUUUCGAGUUGAAAUUGAAGUUUAUAAGCGUGACCAAGUGUAAUAUUGCGGUUGAGAUGUAGCCGGCUAAUGAACAGAAGCCUAAUUGUAGUACUGAAGAUUGUAAAGUGCAUUUUGAGGUUGAGAGUGGAUGUGAAGGCCUUGGCAAUGUUUUGAAGCUACAUUUUGUUGAAUUUGAGAUGAGAGGAGGAGAAGGUAGUGCACUAUAGUGUAAUGUACAUUUUCGAAGUCUUGAAAAAUUUUGUUUGAAAAGGGAUAUUUUUUGAUUUCGGGUCAAUUGUGAUAUUGAUAUGUGUAUUGUCGCUAAGUUUUAGGCAUUCAAAAUUAUUUUAAAAAAUGAUAUGACCAAAUUUGUCAAUAUUGACCUACUAUAAUAUAAAUUUUUCAAUUUCAGGACGAUGUGGACGAUUUGCUUGGCGAGAAUGCGGACGUACCGUCGACUAUGAACGGCACAUCACCGAAUCAGAACUCGUUCACGGCCACCGAGCCGGCGGACGAGAACAUGAAGCCGGCCGAAGACUCUCUGCCUCCAGCUCUCAAUCUGAUGGCUGAUUUGAAAGUGCCCAUUACAACAUCAGCAAGGGAAAUUUUGGAUGUUUGUCGCCGAAGAAGGAACCGAAUGUUUAAUGGGCAGGUGUUUGAUGAAAGAUGUGGCCCACCGAAGGUACCAUCACCUCCAAAAGAAGCGAAGGUUAAUCUGCAUCCUCAGGUACGUAGUUUUCUUUGUUUUUGGUUAUUUAGGUGAUGUUUUGAGGUUGAUUUAGACGAUUUUUGGUUUGUAAAGAUAGCUUAGAGUUUUGUUAAGGUAUUGAGAAAGAAGUUUUUGGAAAAUUUGGUCGAAAACAUGUUAGAUUAUCAAGUUAUGUUGAUGUAGGUAUAGUUGUUUUUGCUGAAAAUGUUAUUUUCAAUAGAAAAAUGGGUAUAGUGAGGAAAUUCUUGUUGUCAAAAGAACUAUUACAGUUUAGCAAAUAUUUUAAAAUAUAAAUUUUGAUAAAUUAAGGUUAGUAAGGUAUCAGAAUACUGUGUUAUAUUUUAGGUACCACUAAUCUACGUGGAGAACGAUCGUGAAGCCACGAAAAUCGAGCUUCAGAACUUCUGCUAUAAAAGUACAAUUGCACUGGUUCGAGGCCUAACCUCAGCACUGAAGAUCGACUUGUCACAGUUUUCGACCAAAACUUUGAUUCAAACUGAUCGAGACCACGAAGUUGAAGUAAGAACCCAGCUGAAAAUGCCCGGUGAUGCUAACCUGGACAACCUGGGAAGGCAUACAUGGUCUUGCUAUUCGGCCAAGAGCUAUUCAAGUGUGGUGCGAUAUGGGCAGUAUCAGGUAAGUAAAGAUUUUAGUUGGUUUGACUAUGAUAAGCUUGUUUUUGGGACAUUUUUCUGAUUUUUGCAGGAUUUGAGGGAUUAUUUUUGUUAUAACUUGAUCAACAGUUUUUGAAAUUUCACGAAAUUUGGUUAAAACAUAGCCUAAUAUGUCCUCUAUCUUUAGGCUGAAUCAUUCCGCCAUUCGUUGAAAGAAGAAACGGAAAAGUUGAGAAAUGUCAAGCAGACUCCACCUUCCAAUCGCGCCAUGAACGGAGAACCAGCGCCGAAGCGAAGGAAAGCGGCCGUCGCAGCGAUUCAAGCCGAAGCAGAAGCCCAAACAAAUACUAUUCCAACAAAGACGAUCAAGUUUGGCACAAAUGUGGACCUUUCAGAUGAAAUUAAGUUCAGCAAGCAGCUCAAGGUAGGGGAAUAUAGUGGUUUUUGGGGGGAAAUUGGGGUUCGAACUGGUUUUAAAGAAAUUUUUGGGAUUUUUAAGUAAAGUUUAGGUAAUUCUUUAGGUUUUUAAUGAAUAGGCUAGUUGUUGAGGAUUGCAGAAAUAUUAAAAUUUAUGUUUGUGGUUGGUUUGAAAUGGCAGAAAAUUGAGUUUUUUGAAAAAUUUCGGGAUUUUGGAGGUAUAUGUUUAGCUUGAAGGAUUAUUUUGUUACCAUUUUAUCCACAUUUUUGAUGAUUUUGAGAUUCAAAUAGAUGUCAAAGACCUUGCUGAUUAUAAAAGUAUAAAAAAUUUUGUAUAGGGUAGUUCUGAAAUGGCAGAAAAGUAGAAUUUUUUGCAAAAAUUUGGUUUUUGGAGGUAUAUGGCUCGGCUUAAAGGAUCGUUUCGUUUCAUUUAUGCAAAUUUAUUAUGUUCUUGCAAUUUAAAUAGAUGUAAAAGGCCUUGAAGAAUAUUAAAAUAUUUAAAAUUUGAUUUGGGUUUGUUUAAAAAUGGCAGAAAAAUUGAAUUUUUUGAAAAUUCUUGUAUUUUGGAGGUAUGAACUUGCGGUUAACGGCUUUUUUCGGGUGUUUUAUGGAAACUUUUGAUUUUUUUGAAUAUUUGAUAGUUGAAGAAGGUCUUGAGGAUUGUAAAAAUGUCAGUUUUAUAUAAAUUAAUAUUUUAAAGUGUCAGAAAAAUUGAUUUAAACUCGAUUUUUUUAGGAAUUGUCGAAAAUGCCAGCGUUCUGCCGACUCCAUUCAGCCUCGAAUCUUCUGUCCUACCUCGACUUUAAAGUACUGGGAAUGAAUACUGUCCAACUGUACAUGAAGGUGCCAGGCUGUCGAACUCCAGGUCAUCUAGAAAAUAAUUCUUUUGCCAGUGUCAAUAUAAACAUUGGGCCUGGAGAAUGUGAAUGGUUUGGAGUGGCUUGGGAGUACUACCCAAUGAUCGAUAAAAUGUGUAGGGAGUAAGUUACUCGAAUUUUAAAAGGGUUUUAGGCGUGAGUAGAGUGGCGGUUUUUGGCCUAAAAUGAUAUUUUUUAGGGUUUAAAUGGCAGAUUUUGGGUUUACAAUGACGUGUCUUAUACUAAAUGUUACGUGUUUUACUAUAUUACACUAGGUAAAUGGCCUUACAACCCCUAUUUUCAGAAGAGACCUCGACUUUUUGCGCGGCGCAUGGUGGCCAAGCUACGACGAACUAAUCGCCGCUGGCAUCCCAGUCUACCGUUUCACUCAAAAAGCCGGCGAUUUGGUGUGGGUGGGCGGCGGCUGCGUUCACUGGGUCCAGGCAACCGGCUGGUGCAACAACAUUGCCUGGAACGUGGGCCCAAGCACCGCCACCCAAAUGGAAAUGGCAAUUCGGGCCUACGAAUGGAACCGCCUCAACGUCUACCGUUCUCUCGUACCCAUGCAACACUUGUGCUGGCAGCUAGCACGAGCUUUGAGGAUCAGCGAUCAAAAGUUCUUCAACUUGGUCAAGGGCGUACUGAUCAGGUCGCUGGGCUACGCACGAAUGGUGGCCGACUUCGCCGAGGAGUUUGGGAAUUUGAAUAUCAAAUUCCAGUUGAGAAUUAAGAAUGAAGGCGCGCACUACUGCAAUUUGUGUGAGGUAGGUAUAUCUGGACAUGUUGUAGUAGGUUGGGGAGGGGAUUAUUGGUAUGGAAGCUACGUUUUUAGGUAGAAGUAUGGUCUUUUUAUGAUUUAUGAUGUUUUAGCAGGCUAGGGAAUGAUCUUUUUGGGGAAAACAAUUUUGUUUUGGAUAUUUUAGGGCUUGUUUUUCUGUAUAUUAUAGUAAAUUUUCAAAUAGAUCAACGAAAAAUCCUCGGUUUUUGAUAUGAUAGUAGAUUUUUUGGUGAAAUUUUUAUUUUCCAGAUCGAAGUGUUCAAUAUCUUGUUCGUGAAAGAAUUCAACAGCAAGUUCCGCGUCUACUGUGUGUCCUGCGCCAAACGAGGAGACAUCAAAGAGUACAUUGUACUACAACAAUAUACUUUCGAAGAGUUGUCGAGUGUAUUUGACCAGUUUCAGUUUACUAUUGUAAGUUUUUGGAUGUUGGAAAGAAAGUUUUGGAUGUUUUGUUUUGUAAAGAAAGUUUUCGCCAUUUUUGGUUUGUAAAGAAAGUUCUUGCUGUUUUUUUUGUAAUCUGUUUCAUUUUCAGAACAAAAACGCGUUGAUUUGUUGA